AUGCUAUUGACAAAGUGUCUCAACCAAUGGCCUGGUGGUAUUCCCUCCUAUAUUAACCGCCACGAACAGGCUGAGGACGAUGUGAAAUCCGCGACUCGGGCUUGGAGGUAUUUUGUUCGCGAGCGGUGGACUGACAGCGUCGCCACGGACCAACAGAGACGAGCUCUGAUCGAAAGGUGGGCAACCGCUGACCAAGAAUUGCGCGAUAGCUAUGGGUUCCGAGCGCCUGAGGGUGAGCCUGCUUUCGAGGACCCUGAGGACUGUAUUCUUGCAUUAUUCGGAUGGGAUGGCGGUUACGAGCAUCUAGCACAAAAUAUGUCGUUAUUGACGCCUUUUGAAGAUAACCAAGGGGAUAUCUUGGAGACCUUCAAGUUCCGCCAAAGUGUCGCCAGACCAGAUUUCCUGGAUAUGCACAUGGCGCAGGAUGGGACCGUCUUGUUCUCAGACGAUGGUCCAAAACUAAUUAUUGAUGACCGCACUCUUGAAACUGGACUGGCUCUCUGGGUGCAAUUCGCGACGAACGGCACUAGGCAGCGAGCUUACCGGAGCCAGAUGCUUACCGACGAUUUUCCCGACUUAUUUCGCGGGGUACAUUUGAAUCAGGACCCAUUAGAGAUCGCUAUGAUUCAUAUGGGAGAGAGAGAGGGAGAGGGGUAUGAUGACCUAGAAAUGAUUCUGGAGGAUGACCCGGUGAAUAUGCUACGUCCUUUCGCGGAUGUGUAUGGUGUGGGGACAUAUUCUGGGGAGAAUGGUCAUGAACGGGCGAGACGCGACCUAUGCGAUGGACUUGAUCAAUAUGCGCCUGGGUUCCGUGAAGCUGAGGAGCUAGGUAACAGUCUGGCGGUUGGGUAUGAAUUGGAGCGAAUACUUGCAGAUGAAGGAGGGCCGCUGAGGAUCACGGAAAGGUCAUUCAAUUAA